AUGGAGAGCCUGGCUGGCAAGAGAAUCUCGUAUACGGCUAAUUCACUGCAUCUUUCGCUCGAAUGUCUUCAGCUCAUUUUAUUUGAUCGUCAGCCAAUAUUCGGGCAGCAUGAACUCCCCAAGGAGUUCCCAUGUCGUCAAUCACUGUGGUGUCGCAGGGAUGCUGACGAUUUCGUCCAUCUGUACCAGUCCGAUCAAAAUCUACCACCAACUCCAUCCACCCAACUUGAUGUUAAGAAAUCCAGUGAAAUUAUGGCAGGAAUGGAUGCUUAUCGCCGAAAUCUCUCCAUGUUGUCUCUUUACAGCGAGGAGAGAUUGUUCCUUGACAAAAUGUCAUAUUCUUCCAUCUGGAAAUCAAGCCUAAGUUCCCAAGUGACUGGCGUGCCAGUUCAGGAGCAAGCGACCCAUCUUAUAUCAACCCCUUCAGCCCUGCGCGCAAUGAUGUUUCAGUCGAUGGACGAAGUAUUCGUGGCCAUUCCUACCUCAGCUAAACCCGACUAUAUUGCCGCUCGAGAUGUCAUUCAUCAUGUACUAUGCCUUCUCCGGCUAGUAUCGCUUCACGUGCUUGAGUCAUUCUCAGGGUGGCAAGGUGAGGAGGCUGAAGUCGAUACGUCAACAAGUCACAUGAAAUAUUGGAUGGAAAAUAAUGCAUCUAGUGCCAGGAAAUGUCUGUGGCAUGCUGUAUGUGUUUUCAGCACAUUGAAAGCCAAGCAGAAAUUUGCCUGCCAUGAUCCUCUCUGUUUCCUGAUUGCUUUCUUCUAUAUAUGGGCAUUCGACACGCUCGUGGUCGCUUCUGAACUCGAAAAGCCGCAAGCUUCAACCAAGGAGGUUCGCUUGUUAGACACCAGGGAAAUUCAGAUUUGGAUCGCUGAAGGCCCAAAUACUCAGCUCAAUUUGGUUGGGGUCGGCAAUCUGACAGGCAAGGAAAGCUCCUUGCGUCUGCUUGCCGAGGUGAGCCAAAUCUUCUCAAAACGCAAGUCCUGGUCUGGGCUUUGCCGUGGCCUUGGAUCUGCAGUUGAUCAAAUCUUGAGAAAACAGCCAACUCCGCAGGGAGUUCCUGAAGUGGCCCCUGCUACCGCUACGGUCCUUGCUACGGCUCCUCCUACGGCCCCUCAGGGAGACAGCAAUACCCAAGUGGCAUGA